GUGGGCGAGCUACACGCGGCGGUGACCCGCGGCCUCCGCGAGCACGGCACCGUGCUCACGCGCCGCUUCGGCAGAGUGUGGGCGUACAUGGUCGACGGGCACGUGCUCAUGGACGACGCCAACGCGCCGUCGCUGCUCUCCAUCCCUCUGAUCGGCUUCGCGCCGCCCUCCGACCCGACCUACCGCGCGACGCGGUUCGACCAGUUGCGCGCGCCGCCGGUGGUCAACGCGAGCGAGGCGUACAACGCGACGGCAGGCAACCCGUGCUUCUUCGAGGAGCCUUUGCGCAGCCGCGGCGAGCCGGCGCUGAGCGGCGUCGGCUCUCUGCACACGGGCCCGGGCAAGCUCUGGCCGAUGCAAGGGCGCGAGGAGGUUCGAGGGCUGCUCCGCAUGCUGGAGCGCGUCGCGAACACGACGCCCGACGGGCGCAUGGUCGAGUCGUACAGCCUCGUUAUGAAGCGCUCGCGCAGCAAACAGAGCCGCGGCGGCGGUCGCGCCACCGCGGCGGGCUCUUCGGCUGGGCCGACGCGAUCUUUGUCGAACUGA